UACUUUGAAGGGAUAAACUAAAUUUGAAGUCAGAACACGGACGUGUACCAUAUUCCAGCAUGAUUGUAUGUCUGCAAAGUGUUUGGAAAUUUGGAGAAUAGGUUUUGUUUGUAAAUUAAAUUGUUAGGAAUGUGGAGGAUAGAAAUUGUGUUUAAAUUAUUUUUAUUAUGGAGGAUUAUAUACUUGUGGUUAGAUAAUAAUCCUGAACAGUAAAAUUGCUGAUCUGAAAAUUGAGGUUUGUUUCCUGGCAAACCAGGAACGAGGAAAGCAGAAAGAAUAUUUGACGUGUCAGUUAUAUCUAUAUGUACACUUUUUAUACAAUUGGUUAGUUUUCUUCCUAGAUGGGCACAAUGGUUUGAAUAUUUAUGACUGUUUUAAGUGGUUAGACUUAAAUGAAAAGGAUUUUUAUCUGGUAUUGAGUUAUUCAUCCGUCAAAAUCAGAUAUCGGAGUUAACAGUUCACUGAUGAUAAAAAGGAGAAUGGAGUUGUCAUGGAUACUGGUAUGCAGCAUAAUGCUUGCAGAAUUAACAUAUGGAAAUGACUUAACAAAAGAACCAGGGCAUCUGAAGCCAUUUGGUGAUGGAGGACCAAGUCAUGCUGUUGAAGAGAUUGACUAUUUUCCAACUGCUAAAGAAUUCUUUGAAAAUUAUGUCAAAACUGCAAAACCUGUGAAAAUGAAGGGAGUGGCGAAAAUGUCACCGGCUUUUGAAAAAUGGACAGAUGAUUAUUUUCUUGCUCAAGAUGAACCAAGUGAUCAUGUGGUAUCCGUGGAAACAAAGAAGAAAGAAAGCAGGCAGCAGAAAGUAGAGUCCAUGCCAUUUAAGACUUUUGUGAAAAUGUAUAAUAAUACAGAACACUACAUGGUUGAUGCUGUGCCAAAGUUCUUAAGAAAAGAUAUUAUGAUUCCUUGUCCACUACAGUGUGAACAACUGGUACACGGUGAAUUUGUGGAUAACGUGAUGUGGUACAGUAGUGGUGGAACAAAGUCGGUAGUACAUACUGAUUCUGUAGAAAACAUUAACUGUCUGUUCAGGGGAGAUAAAUCUCUGGUAUAUGUUGACCCUGCACUCUAUGGUGACAAGGUAGACCUUGAUAGAAUAGAGGGCUCUUACUCUUCUAUGGAUGUUGACAGUGUAGACUAUUCAAAGUUUCCGGGAAUGGCAGAGGUUGAGUUUUACCGUGCAGACAUUACUGCUGGCGACUGUUUAUAUAUUCCAUACCAGUGGAUUCACCAAGUGAGGUCAUACGGCAGUAAUUUAGCAGUGAAUAUUUGGUGGAAGCAUCAUUUAUCACAGGAGUUAGAUUACAGCAGCUGUACAGACCCCUGUGAACCAGGAAUGACGUUACAAGAAGCACACUUUAAAGGAUUUGAAGACAUAAUGCAUGAUCCAGAAGAAGUUAGGGAUCAUUUCAAAAAAUUUCUUGGAAGCUCUGGUGAGACAGAUAUAACUACACUAUUGGAAAAAUUGUUAGGGGGAGAGAUGGGAAACUUGAUGCAAGAGAAUGAGGAGAUAUUUGAGGAUCUAGAGGAGAUUUUUUCACUACUGGAUGCAAACAAGGACGCUAUUGUAACAAAAGAUGAAAUUGAUACUGCAACAAGAGAGGUAUGGUUGGAGAUAGGAGAAAUAUUACAAGCAAUAGAAGAAGAUGUUGAGAAAUUUUACGGUGAAAAGGAAAUCGAUAUAGAUGAUGAGGAGGAGAAAUCGGAGCCGUAUGUCGGUGGGGACUCAGAUGAAAUGGACCUACAUGAUGAAUUAUGAGAGACUGCAGAAUGUCAAAUGGAACUUGUUGUCAUCUCUUUCAAGAUUAGUUUUAUUGUAUUAGUUAUAUUUCAUUAUAUUUUUAUUUAUUUUUCAUUACCAAUUUAAAAAAUCAAAUCAAAUUAAAUCUUUAAAAUACAGAUAUUAGCAUCUGAAAGUGUUCACCUUUUGUAGAUUUCCAUACAUUUUCAAUCUUAAUAAUGUCUUCAUGAAUGAUAUGCUACAUAGUUAUGACUUACGUACAUUGUAAGUAUGUUGCCCUAUUAUUUAGAAAAUGCUGUAUUUGCAUCUGUUCUGUUUUGUGAAAAAUGUCCUUAGGCAAGGGAUGUUGGUAACUCUGUUACAAAUUCUUGUUACCAUAUGAAUAGGAGAAUAAAUACAGGAGAGAAAAUGUAAUACAUGUAGUUGUUAUCUAGAAUUGUGCCUUUUGUAAGAGAAUGCAACAUAACUAAUCAAAAAGUCUUGUGCUUCAGUUUAUUAAGUCUUUAUGUAUAUCAGUCUUUUAAAUGGUUACAGGAAACCUCUGUUAAGAUGAAAAAAAAUCCUUGUAUAAGAAAGUGUUUGAUAUAUUAGAAUUUUAAUUUACUAGGUUAGUUAAGUAUUUAGACAUUCUGGGAGAUGGUGUGUUUAGCAUGGCAGUUGUUGUGAGAUGGUGUGUUUAGCAUGGCAGUUGUUGUGAGACAGUGUGUUUCUCACAGUCAUUGUGAGAUGGUGUGUUUCUCAUGGCAGUUAAUAUGUGUUUUUCAUGGCUGUUACUGUGGGAUAGUGUGUUUCUCAUGGCAGUUAUUGUGAGAAUGUGUGUUUCUCAGGCAGUUACUAUGAGAUAGUAUGUUUUUCAUGGCUGUUACUGUGAGAUGAUGUGUUUUUCAUGGCAGUUACUAUUAGAUAGUAUGUUUUUCAUGGCAGUUACUGUGAGAUUGUGUGUUUCUCAUGGCAGUUACUAUGACAUCAUGUGUUUUUCAUGGCAGUUACUGUCUGAUUGUGCGUUUCUCAUAGCAGUUAUUGUGAGAUAGUGUGUUUUUCAUGGCAGUUAUUGUGAGACAGUGUGUUUUUCUUGCCUGUUACUAUGAGAUGGUGUGUUUCUCAUAGCAGUUAUUGUGAAAUGGUGUGUUUAUCAUGGCACUUAUUGAAAGGUGUGUUUUUCAUGGUAGUUACUGUGAGAUAGUGUAUUUAUCAUGGUACUUACUGAAAGGUGUGUUUAUCAUGACAGUUAUUGUGAGAUUGUGUGUUUAUCAUGACACUUACUGCAAAAUGGUGUGUUUAUCAUGGCAGUUAUUGUGAGGUGGUGUAUUUAUAAUGGAAGUAAUUCUGAGGUGGUGUUUUUAUGUCAGUUACUGUAAGAUGGUGUGUUUAUCUUGGACGUUUUUGUGUGAAUGAUGGUGUGUUUAUGGUGGCAGUUGUUGAGAGAAGGUGUGUUUAUAAUGGCAGUUAUUUCAUAAAACCAUCUCAUUAUUAAAGUAGUUUUGAUAGAUAGAAGUUCUAUUUUAUAUAAUUUAUAUUAUGUUGUUCUUUGUAUAUGCAAAUUUCUGUCAUGUUUUUUUUUCAUUUUGGAAGUGUAUUUUCAUAUAAUUUCAUAAUAGACCAAGUUUUAGUCACUCCAUAUUUGACUGUGCCAAACUAAAAUUACAAUUCCUUCGUCAUCUCUUUGUUAAUGUUACUUUAUAUGUACACUUUUAUCUUUCUGCCUAAUAAUGUAAUUUAUAUUUAUGUAAACCUUAUAACUAGCAUUCCACCUAGAUGUGCUUUAAUGGUUUUAUUAUGAUCUAUGCAGAAUGAAAAGUUAGAAUUACAUUCUUUAAUGCAGGGAUGGUGAAUACCAGUAUUAAUGAAAUGUUUACAUGUUGUCAUUGAAAUUCUCAAUUUCAUAUCAUACUUAUAAUAAGUUUUUCUAGAAAGGAAUACAUGUGGGUUUGAACUGAGUUUACAGUAUAAUAUUUUAAUUAUAAGAAAUAAGAAAUCUUUUUGUGUUAUACUUGGUAUUGAUUAUAUGACGUCUACAAUUGCACCUUUACUAUGUUGACAUUGAAUUUGUAUUUGUUUUAUGAUAUGUUGUCUAUUUUACCAAAAUAAAUUCUUCUAUCUGUCUAUUAAUUGCAUCCUUAACUGUCAGUAAAUAACAAAAUCUGUCUGUGUAGUGAUUUUAUGUUAAAUAAAACAGAUAACAAAAUCACCUGCAAUACAAGGAGCAGGAAAUAGUGGAAUUUAUUUUUACUCCUCUGCCAAUGAAAAAAACAUCAUCUUUACAAUUUGUUAUGCUUUUUUGUUUAAGGAAAUGAAAAAUGAGGUAGAAUGGGUCGGAAAAAAAAAGAUUUUUAUUUUGUUAAAUUUUUCAUAAAGCAGCUCUACUAGAUGAUAAAUUAUAUUAAUCAGAGUAUUCAAAAGCUUUGCAUGGCUAAAUGUAAAAUUUCUUUGCUCUUUUUGGAUUUGUUGUGCUGAUUUAGGCUAAAUUCACAGGUACUCCUAACAUACUCCUUUGUAUACAUUAAAUUAAAAGAUGUGAUUAGUCGGAACUAAGGUUUAUCACUAGUUUGAAAUAUUUUUGCUAUAGCUUUGCCAGAUUGAAAAAAAAAUGAAAAUGUGCAAUGUUGUCAGUCUGGUAUUGUAUUUAUUUUUGGGGGAGCACAUAGAGUUGUCCUUGUCAGUUUGUCUGUCUGCUCAUCUGUCCGAAUUUGUGUUGAGCACAUUUCAAAAAGUAUUUAGUUUAUACUAAUUUGUUUUAGCUCGAUUGUGAUGAAAGCCUCAAGCUUAUUUGAACCACUCUCGAGUCCGCUUCCUGGAAAAACCAGUACUGGUGUCAUAUGAGAAGUCAUGGUGGUGACCGUAGUGGGGCCCCAACCCACGAUCCCUGGAUUGAGCGGCACCUUAUCCACUAGACCGUCUAGAGUCAUCAGACCUCACAGGAUUGUCUUUCAAUAUGUGAAGUGCACAUUUGGUUUUAAUUAGAAUUUCAUACAGCCACACCAGAGUUAUGGCCCUUGACUUAGUUAAAAAUAUGCACAAAGAACCCAAACAUUUUGUGUUGCAUAUGUCUCAAAUAGUAUUUGACCUGGGAUUAUGAGACAUUAUAGCAUCUGAUGUUAUGCACCUGUGAUUUUUUUUUUAGAUUUCACUCAGCCAGACCAGAGUUAUGGUCCUUGACUUAGUAAAAUAGAUGCCUGUAUCUCAAAAAGGAUUUGACUCAGAGUCACAAAACAUUAAAGGAUUGUUAUAUAGCAUGUACAGUUGUGCCGCUUGUGUUCUCUUUUGGAUUUCACUCAGACAGACCAGAGUAAUGGUCCUUGACUUGGUGAAAAAUACACAUUUUAAAAGUGCUUAAAAGUUUGUGUUGCAUAUAUCGUAAAAAGUAUUUGACCUAGAGUCAUGAAAGCAUGUACAGGGACAGGCAGGGGGAACCUAUGUCCUGUGGACACACAUCUAGUUUAUUUCAUGUCCAUCACCUUUUGAAACAGGAAAAACAUGAUUUGUAAUGUUGGUCUCUGUAAUUUUUAAUGUUGCAUUUUUAAACUUAAAGUUGAAUUUCAGCUGAACAAGGCAGGAACCAUCAAGUCUAAUUUCACAUAUUCCCAUUACUGUCUGUUAUUGUUUUAUGUAGUAGCUCAUCCUUAAAGAUUAGCAAGCAAAGUCAUUUUCACCAUUUUUAUACUCUGGCUUUCGUGAAAAUGGAUGUAUUAUAUGAUGUUGCGUGCAUCUGUCUGUCUGUCUGUCUAUCAUACUUUAUAUGCAGAGGAUAACUUAAAUACCAUUACUAGUUAUUGGCUUUAACCUUGGCAUUUAUGUAGAUGGCAAUAAGAUGAUAUGAACCUGAUAGAUAGGUAAUGGUUAAGGUCACAAAUGGUAAAAGUUGUCCCUCAUAUUUCUUGCCCUCGUCAUAAAUAAAUAACUAUUCAAGAUACUGAUUUUAAACUUGGCAUUUAGGUUAGCGGCAAUAUGAUGUGUAGAGUGCAUGAGUUGGGCUGGUAGGUCAAAGGUCAAGAGUCAAAAAUGGAGGCCAGAGGUCAAAUUUGUUUGUCAUAUUUCAUGUUCGGAGCAUAACGUAAUAACUAUUGAAGGUACUGACAUAGUCUUAACUUAUUGUUAGAUGGGGAUGAGACAAUGUGCCAAGCACUUGAACCAGGUUUUUAGGUCACAGCAAGGUCAAAUCUGUGUGUCAUAGUUUGUGCCCAGAUUAUAACUUGAUAACGAUUCAAGGUAUUGAUGUCAAACUUUGUAUAAGUAAGUAAGUAAGUAAGUAAGUAAAGACUUUAUUUAAUGAGGCUACACAUUUGGUUUCCCAAUCUUCCAUGUAGGAAUAUAUACAUAAUAUACAGAUGAUAAAACAUUCAACAAUACAAUGAUACACAAAAACCAAAGAACAAUUACAUAGUACAAUUACAUAUAUAGAAAAACAUAUGAAUAUUUUAUACAUUACUACUAUCAUACAAACUGAAAAUAUGCUACAACAUACUUUGGUACACUGAUUUAGGAUACUGAGGAGAAAUGCCAUUUGAUAUAAGAUGUUUGAAAUGUCCUUAGUGUCUCACACUUACGGAUAUUUGCAGGUAGAACAUUCCAUAUUUUUGGACCUGAGUAAGACAGAGAUUUCCGUAUAAUAGGUAGCUGGCAAUGAGAUGAUGUGCAGAGCUCAUGAACUUGUUAGGUAGGUCAAGCUCUCAGUAUGAGUGCAAUGGUUAAAUCUGUCCUUUGUGUUUUGGAGAGUGGGUGGGAUGGUGAUGAGAUGAUUUUAGGAGUGAGUCAAUCUGCAUUUCUCUACCACCCACACACAUUAACCCGUCCCCACAAAAAAAAAAUGAUCUAGAUUUUUGGCAUAUAUUGCCCACUUUGUGGAGCUCUUGUUCUUAAAUAUGUUAUCUUCUGUGAUGUGUGAUCAAAUGCAGGAAUAAUCAGUUUCAGCCUUAGUUUCCAGUAUCAUGGUCUUAAUUUUGUUAUCUGAUAUUAAUCCUUAGCCUGCUGGUGGCAAGUGAUUCUGCCUUUGCGACCAGUGCAGACCAAGAUCAGCCUGCACAUUCUUGCAGUUGUAGUCGGUUCAAAAGCUCACAUGAGCUUAUGUUGUACUUGUUUGAUAUCUUUCCGACUUUAAAUAAUCUUAUCUUAUCAUGGUCUGCACUGUUCACCAUUCAGUCAUUAUCGUUUUGGUAAGCACCCCUUUUAACAGUUAAUGGUACUGUCCAAAUUGAAAUAUGGAUAAGUUCAUCAUAGAAAUUUAGCAGGGUAAGGGUUAAUCAAUUGUUUCAUUUUAAUCAAGUCUUAUUUAAGUACUGAGGAGUUUAGCAAGUCUAAAUUUUUAUAUAAAAAAGAACAAAAUAAUUAAUGUUACUGUAUGGUAGAUCUGACUUUUUCUUUGUUAAUUUAUUAAACAGUUCUUUAUAAUGCUUUGUAAGAAUUUAUAAUAAACAGAUUGUUUUAUACUUGUC